AUGCAAUUUCCAUUCCAUCUUUUAGCAAUCAUCUUUUUGGCACAGCAUCAUGAAUUGUUGGCUAAUUUCAACUGUCCUACCGAUGAACAUGCCGUAGCUUUGGGUUGUUCCAAUGCGCAACAAUGCACUCGUUACACAACUGAUCCGGUUAACUGCAUCGAGAAUGCAUGCUGUAUUAAAUCAAACAGUUCCGAUCAAAUAUCCCAUCCUGUACCAUUAAUUUGCAGUAAUGACGGUACAGCUCUUGUAAUUGGUUGUAUGAAAUCCCAACAAUGUCUUCCGUUUACCAAAGAAGCUAUUGUCGCUUGUUUACAAGGAAUUUGUUGUACGGUACCACAAAAAUCGUCGAAAUGA